AUGAAUCAUACAAGGAACGGAAAUAAUAGCUCUAAUGGAAGACACGCUAAAGCAUAUCUUCAGAAAAUGGAAGAUACUGAGAAUGAGAAGCCGCAGCAGGAGCUUGUAGAUGGUCCAGGAAAACUUUACGAGCCAUAUACCAAAAACGAAGACCUUGUUGAUAAGCUUAAACUUCUUAACUACGAGGAAGGAUUUCUCAAGAUGAACACGGCCUUUAAACCAGUUCACAGGCACUAUUUUGUGAAUUCAACAAAUGUUGGUGAGCAGUACUUUAUGUUCACCUCGUUAGCUGCAUGGUUGAUAAGGAUCGCCGGCAACGAAGCCUAUGAAAUGCCACAAGAGGAUAUAUCGAUAGAGUUUUCUGCUAAUAAGCUCAAGUCAGGAGCUGGUGAAGCUGUUUUGUUUGUACUGGAUACUCUCGCCGAUGCGGCGCUCAUUCACGUCAACUUUCAUUGGGAAAAAAUGAUUCCACCGGAAAGGGAAGAAGACGACAUCGCUGUUGAUCAAGAUGAAGAAGACGACAGCUCAUCUGAGAGGUUUAAAGAUGUGGGCAGGUUGACUUACUCUACAGAGGUUUCUGUAAACGUUAACGUGCAAAAAGCGUUGGAUCAUCCUAAACAAGCAAUUCUACACAGCGACAUCGAUGCGCAGGCAUGGCGUAAAGAAGUCGAACGGGUCACGCCAUUUCUAAAGAUCGUCAUUAGACAGGAUGCCAAGGUAACCGAAUCGAAACUCCGAUAA